GCUCUAAAUAUUGAGGGAACAAUCCCGGGGGUAAAGUAGAUGUUGACGAUACGUUUCCUCUCUGGAAGGUUCACGAAGACGCUGGAAAGUCCUGUGACAAAAUACUAGACCACGACCAGAGUACAUAGAAGCCGUUAAUAAAGAACCAGAACACCGAGAAAGUACUCGAAGAAUCCUUCACUUCUUGGGAAAUUACUCGAAGAAUCCUCCUCAAAUCUAUAAAUCCGAGAACCCAUUUACGUGCUUCUCAAACUUUUCAGAAUUCCUGAGUGGUUUUUGUAAUCUUUCCCAACUCGAUUUUGGUCCAUUGCUCUGUUUCGAUACGCAAGUAUCAAAGAAAGCAAGUGAAGAUGUCGUUGAUUCCAAGUUUAUUUGGUGGCAGAAGAAGCAAUGUCUUCGAUCCAUUCCCGCUUGAAAUAUGGGAUCCUUUUCAGGAUUUUCAACUCUCUUCUUCUCUAUCGGCACCUCAGUUUGCGAGGGAGAAUUCUGCUUUCGUCAAUUCUCGCGUGGAUUGGAAGGAGACCCCAGAAGCUCACGUGUUCAAGGCAGAUCUCCCGGGGCUGAAGAAGGAGGAAGUGAAGGUUGAAGUUGAAGACGACAGAGUGCUUCAGAUAAGCGGGGAGAGGAACGUGGAGAAGGAAGACAAGAACGACACCUGGCAUAGGGUGGAGCGGAGCAGUGGCAAGUUCUUGAGGAGGUUCAGGCUGCCAGAGAACGCAAAAAUGGACCAGAUUAAGGCUGCGAUGGAAAAUGGGGUCCUGACUGUUACUGUUCCCAAAGCGGAGGUGAAGAAACCAGACAUCAAGGCCAUUGAAAUUUCCGGUUGAAGUUUUGAGGUCCAUCUCCCUUAUUGUCACUGGCCCUUUUUAGUUUUUAUUCGUAAUAAUUAUGGUUUAUAAAAUAAAAUAUAGAAGUUGGAAGUGAAUGUACGUGUCUUUGUGUUUUAGAAACCAUGCUUAAUUAAUAUAAGCUGCCAAUAUUUUGUGUACGAAGCGUUCGAGAAAAUGUUUGUGUAAGUUGCUCUAAAUAAUUUUUAAACGUUUAUGUAUUUUAA